CCGGGGGGAUGCAGCGCCCAGGUUUUCUGGUUGGUUUCGCGUUCUUUUUCCCUUUCUUUCUUUUUUCUUUUUCUUUAAAGGCGGGCGAGACUUCUCCGGAGCCUCGGUGCCCUUUUCACAUUGCAUCAUAAAAUCAGGGUGGAGCCAGCCUUCCUCCUCCUCCUCCCCUUCUGCAAGUAACCCGAGCGGAGGGGCUUGCCCGGCUCUCCCAAUCGCCGCCGCUCCAGCGCGCGCUCCUCUGCUCGCGCUGCCCUUGGUGCAGGUCGGGGGCCGCGGUUGUCCCGAGAAAGUGCACGAAAGGAGGCUACUUUUGCAAAAGGCGGAGGCCGGCGCGGGGCGGAAGAGAGCUCGGGCUCUCCUCGUCCGGUGCCGCAAAGCAGUAGAUGUAAUUUUGAAGAUAUUCUGAAGGCACAAAUGGCUUUAGCUGGCUGCCCAGACUCCUUUUUGCACCAUCCUUACCGAAUAGACAGUGUAGAUCAGUCAUCAGCACAUACUCGACGUGAUCUAGUGGAACCCGGAUUCCAAGAACAGUCAAGCCGCCUCUCAUUAAGUCAUCAAGGAGAUGAUGAUGUGGACUUGGAAGCAUUAGUUAAUGAUAUGAACUCCUCAUUUGAAAGUUUGUACACCCCCUACAACGUGCAUUCAGAAAGCACCCCACUCCUUCACAAUGGCCAGCUGCCAGACUCAGGAACAAAUUCACUGCAGCCUGUAUCUCCAAAGCAGAAAGUGCAGAGGUCUCAGCCAGUACGCAUCAUGGCAGUCAGGCGCCUUCAAGAGGAGGAACAGUUCAGAACAUCCUCUUUGCCUGCCAUACCGAACCCUUUUCCUGAGCUUUGCAGCCCCACAAGCUCACCUGUGUUGGCCCCUGGAUCUCUACCUCAGAAUCAGCCUGCAAAUAAACAGGAUAUAAAAGUCUUUACAGAAGACGGAACAUGCAAAGUGGUUGAGAUCCUAGCAGAUAUGACAGCCCGGGACCUCUGUCAGUUGCUUGUUUACAAAAGUCAUUGUGUGGAUGAUAACAGCUGGACCCUAGUGGAACAUCACCCUCUCCUAGGAUUAGAGAGGUGCUUAGAAGAUCAUGAACUUGUAGUUCAAGUUGAGUCUACAAUGGGAAGUGAAAGUAAAUUUUUGUUCAGGAAGAACUAUGCAAAAUAUGAAUUUUUUAAGAAUCCUGUGAACUUUUUCCCGGAACAAAUGGUUGCUUGGUGUCAGCAGUCAAACGGCUGUAUUCCACAGUCACAGCUUUUACAGAAUUUUUUAAACUCAAAUAGCUGUCCUGAAAUCCAAGGAUUUUUGCAUGUGAAAGAACAGGGGAGGAAGUCUUGGAAGAAGCAGUAUGCUUGCCUGAGGAGAUCUGGACUUUAUUGCUCUACAAAAGGGUCUUCAAAGGAACCGAGGCACCUGCAGUUGUUAGCAGACCUCGAAGAUAGCAACGUUUUCUCACUGGUAGCAGGCAGGAAGCUCCACAAUGCUCCGACAGAUUAUGGAUUUUGUAUAAAGCCCAACCGAAUGAAAAGUGAAACAAAAGAAUUGAGGUUUCUGUGUGCGGAUGACGAGCAGAGCAGGACGUGCUGGAUGACCGCCUUUAGACUCCUCAAGUAUGGGAUGUUGCUGUACCAGAACUACAGAAUUCCGCAACAGAGGAAAGCUGCACUUCCGCAUUUCACCACUCCUAUAAGAAGUGUAUCUGAAAAUUCUUUAGUAGCAAUGGAUUUUUCCGGACAAAUAGGAAGAGUUAUUGAAAACCCGGCAGAAGCACAGAGUGCCGCCAUGGAGGAAGGCUAUGCUUGGAGGAAACGCAGCACAAGAAUGAAUGUCCUGGGUAGCCAAAGUCCUCUUCAUCCUUCCAUGCUGAACACAGUUAUUCAUAGGACACAAAACUGGUUUCACGGCAGAAUCUCUAGAGAAGAAUCGCACAGGAUUAUUAAACAGCAGGGUCUUGUGGAUGGGUUAUUUCUUCUCCGGGACAGCCAAAGUAACCCAAAGGCAUUUGUACUUACACUGUGUCACCAUCAAAAAAUUAAGCAUUUCCAGAUUUUGCCGUGUGAAGAUGACGGACAGAUAUUUUUCAGUCUGGAUGACGGGAGCACCAAAUUCACUGACCUAAUACAGCUUGUUGAGUUCUACCAACUAAACAAGGGAGUUUUGCCGUGUAAACUCAAACACCACUGUAUACGUGUGGCCUUAUGACCUCUAUUUUGAUCCAUGUUGAAGACCGACUUUGCUCAGUGAUGGAAGUUGCUAGAGAAAUAUUAUAAAAGGAAGGUUGACACUGGGGAAUUGGCAGAAUAGUUGUUCACAAGAAUUAUGCACCUUGGGGAUUUGGAAAAGGAUGAAUUGAGCAACAGACUGAAAUUUUGCUGGUUUGUAUAACACCUAAACAUGUUUGGUGCUGAGUGUCCUAGCAACCCCUAAAAUCAGGAAAGGGUGUGUAAAAUCAUUAAACAAAACUGGAAACUGUCCCUUGGCUGGUCCAUUUAACAGAAUCAAGUUUGUGAAGCAAAAUUAUUGAAAAGAACUCUUGCCCUGGAAUAAUCUUGAGAAUUUAAGACUUAGUGUGUUUACUUUUUGUAUUGAUCACACUCUACUAUUUUUUGUUUUUUGCACUCCUACUUUUUGGAUAUUGCAUAUGGCCUAUAUUAGGAGCUGAUAAAGCUUUUACACUUAUGCAGGAUUUGGGUAUUAAUCUAAAUCCUGUAUUUCAUGAGUUGCUUCAGUCUAACAAGGAUCUAGAAGACAAAAAUAUGACUUGAUGGCUCUGAAAAUCAGCAGCUAUGUCAUGUACUGAUGCUCUUGAAGAAACAGUGUGAAUACAACUAUGGCAAUAUACACAUACCAACAUAUGUACUCUUUAGAGUGAUUGGGGUUUUAAAAAAUAUAAUGGCUGUAGCUUGUGUGCAGGACACUAAUAAUAGCUAGUCAUGCAAAGGAUUCUGAUUCUAUGCAUAAAUGUGUUUUAACCCAUUUUAAUCUUGAAUGUGUUUUCUCUUCCCCCGCAUUCUCAGCCUACUAGAGCCCUCUGGUCUGCAUGACCCCUUGGGAAAAUCCACUGACAAAGGCUAGAGUGACAAUGUGUAUUUGGAGCCAGCUUUGGGAGGUGGGGCUUCACUUGUUUAGUCUACCUAGUAUGACACAAGUUCAGGGUUUCCUUUUAGCAUUGUUUCCUUGCCUUCUGACCACAUCUCAGGGCCUUUUGUGCAGGUGUAUCACUGUCCAAUCUCCUAACCAUGGUUGAGAGUUCAAGAGGGCCCCAUGUGUUUGCAUUAUCCUUCCCUCCAGCCUCUGAACCUGCAUUUUCAGUAACCCAAACACAGAUUGCAAGUAAGUCUCUAACCUUGUAUAAUAAUAAUAAU